CGUCAUUAUGAACCUAUGAUUUCACCCCUGUGUCACCUUCCAGUGGUCAAGGCCAAUCAAGAUGGUCGUAACCAAAUAUCGCAACUUGGAGUACGACUGAAAAUGUCACGUCGGAGCACCACUCGGUUUUCUUCUUGGAAUGCCAUACACACUAGGCAAAUAUGAUUCGAUCAUUGUCGCAGCCGGUACGAUUCCACACCCGCCUGUUACUACCUCUCACGCCUCGAGCUUCCAUCGUGUCUUUCAUCCAUAGAGUACGAAAGACCGACUGUAUCUGCAGCCUAGAAGUUCAAACUGGGAGAAGAAACAUGUCUGUCACAGCCGGCUCUCGUCAAAAAUUCGAGCAACAGUUCGAGGCCACCUCCGGCGCCACCAAUGCCGUGUGGAUACACAACGACACAUAUGCGAACAGAUCCGGACACAUUCUCAAGGCACUGGCCGGAGACAUCGAGGCAGACGUCUGUGUUGUGGGCUCCGGAAUCGCCGGUAUCUCUGUUGCGUACGAACUCGUGACUCGCGGCAAACAUGUUGUUUUGCUCGAGGCUCGCGAGGUCUUGUCGGGAGAGACGGGCCGAACGAGCGGUCACCUGUCCAACGCCCUGGAUGAUGGUUAUCUUGAGAUACAGAAGAAACACGGGACGCAAGGAGCGAAGGCAGCUGCCGAGAGCCACACUUGGGCUCUGAACUACGUCGGAGAGCUUGCGAGAAAGUUGGGCAUUGACUGCGAGUAUCGCCAAGUGCCUGCUUACACCAUAUCCCAGUACUCGCGCAAUGACGCAAAACACGCCGAGGACUUGGAGGAAAUCAAGAAAGAGGUACAGAUGGCGCAGCAAUUGGGAAUUGAUGUCGAGUUCAACGAAGGCCUGCAGGUCAAAGGUUGGUCAUCUGAGCCUGGCAGACCGGACCAGCGCGACGGUGCAGUUUGGCGCAACCAGGCAACAUUCCACCCAACAAAGUAUGUCAACGGUGUCCUCGGGUUUCUUUUAAAACAACCAAACUUCAGGUGCUUUACACAGACAAGGGUCAUGUCGGUCAACGAGCCUGGCAUCGAAAUCCUUGGGGUUGGGAACAAGCACGUUGAGGUCAAGACCCAGUAUGGAAACAACGUGACGUGCGAAUAUGCAGUUGAGGCCACGAAUGUCCCGCUGCAGAAGCUCAGUGUUGUUGCCGAGCUGGAAUACGAUCGCACGUACUGCAUCGCCAUUCGAGUCCCCAAAGGGUCUGUCGAAGACUGCCUCAUCUACGAUACCGCCGAGGAAUACAAGUAUGUGAGGCUGUCUGCAUGCGACGAGAGUGACGAUUAUCUGGUUGUCGGUGGCAUGGACCACAAAGUCGGCCAGGAGAACACGGGCGGUCGGUUUGAGGAAUUGGAGACGUGGACCAGAGAACGCUUUCCACAAGCUGGUGCCGUCGAUUACAUGUGGAGUGGUCAGGUUUUUGAGCCCGUGGAUUACAUGGCAUUCAUCGGUCUUAACCAAGCCUGCAAACGCACCUUUAUCGUCACGGGCGACUCGGGGAAUGGUCUGACCCAUGGUGUGAUUGCGGGCAGGCUUAUCGCAGACGAAAUUGAUGGUCAGCGCAACAGCUGGGCCGACUUGUACUCCCCAAAGCGCAUGAUGUCGAUUGUUAAAUCGGCGACAACAAUGCUUGCGCACGACAUGCAGAUCAAUUCACAGUACAAGCGGUUUCUCCAGACGGACAUUACAGAUAUCGAGGAUCUAAUUCCUGGAUCAGGCGGUGUGAUGAACCCCAAGACUCAAAAGCCAAUCGCCGUGUACAAGGACGAGAAUGGCAACAUCACCAAGGUCAGCGCUUUGUGUCCUCAUAUGAAGGGCGUUGUAUGUUGGAAUGGCGUAGAGAAAUCAUGGGAUUGCCCUGUCCAUGGUAGCCGGUUUUCCAAAGAUGGUCUGUGUGUUGAAGGGCCUGCCAAGGGAAACCUUGAACCUGUCGCUUGAACAAGCAGCCCGACCCCAGAGGCAAGAAAAGAGGGAUUGGUAAUUAGCACUGUUUCUUGUUGUAUGGCGUCGGUCGUUCACUUUGCAGGCUAAAGUGCAUCUAGCACUGGUUCUAGCCAAGACCUAGUUUCUAAAUAUCUACCUAGUUUACGUAGUUGAAGAAAAAUAGUCCAGCCAAAUGGUGGCGAUCAGUCCCCAGCAGACGAAAGUCAGAAGCCAGUUGGGAAUCUUGACAUGAUGAACAUGAUCGUCGCCAAAUCCCACAAAAU